AUGGCUUCACAGGAGAUUUUUCAGGAUUCGGGCCAAUCUCCGGCGGCGGUUAAAAAUCGCAGUGUCAGCCCGUCGGCCCAACCCCAUCACCCUCAACAACAACAACAACAACAGCAGCAGCAAUACAGCCAUCCUUCGAUUGGUCUGACUUUGGAUCCAUCUGUCGCCGUGCCCUCCUUUCAGAACAACCCCAGCGCCAACUCUCCCAGCGCCGACUCCUACACCUACAGCUCCGGCGGCUACCUCUCUCCACCGGGCGCACAGCAGACCUUAUCCCCGCCAGAUCAGUCCUUUCCCCACAGCCUAUCAUUGCCGCAGUCCUUCGAACCUGGACUGAUGAACCAAUUCGACCACUCGGCGAGGAUCCCUCUGUCUCAGCAUCCGCCGCGCCAGUCGUCAUCCGAAGACAACUUCUCCAAUUUGUUGAACUCAGAUUCCGCUGCAUACGACUUCUCCGCCUUUCCGAAUCACAGCCCCAACAGCACCACCGCUCCCGAGUACGACUCCUCGCUGAUGCUGGACCCCCAGAUGCACCGACCGGUUAAUCAUGGCGUUAACCCUGCCGACCUCGUCGGCCAGAUCUCGCCUCAUCCCUCGGCCUCUCCACAGAUGUCCCCGCAAGAGCAGCACCCGCACCAUUCCUCCCCGAGCCCCAUUUCUCCUCUGAGUUCCACCCCGGGCACCUUCUACACCCCGCAGCACUCUCGCCAUACCUCGUUGGAUCCCGCCUCAGCGACCUACCUGACCAGCAGUUCGCAAUCAGAUUGGCAAGCCGUCAUGGGGAACGCUGCCUUCCAAGGCCACCGGCGAGCUCCGUCCGAGGUGUCGGAGGUAUCGUCCGCCGCUCACUCGCCGUAUAUGUCGCAGCAUGAAUCCUUUGAUGGCGUGGAGAACAACCCCUCCCCACUGCUUGCGCCUCAGAAUGAUCCCGGGCUGUACGACAAUGCAGCGCUUGGAAUUGAGUCGUUUACCUUGUCGGACCAGCGUCAGCCGCAUGGGAUCAGCCCAGGACACAGUCCCUACAUUUCUCCGCAACUGAUGCCCCAGCAAGGGGCGGAGCUGAUCCCCAAUAUUCCUUAUAUUUCCCCUCCGCCAGAACACCCACAGUACCCUGCACCGUCCGUCAAUGACGUUUAUGGGAGCGGCGCAGAUGGCGUUGUUAACGUCUCCCAGGGGAUACCGGCUGGGGGAGAUAUAGGACAAGCCUCUCAGAUGGCGCCGCCCUCUAUUAAUGUGGAGCUUGCGCCACCGUCUCGGAACCCGAUUUUCCCUCACUCUAAGCCAGCAACGGACUUGGACUCGUUGAGUCCACCUCCUUCAAUGCGCCGCAUGCGCAGUAAGUCCGAUCCGUAUGCUCACCCUGCAUCUCGAUCACGGAGUCCCGCGACAACGACGAGUAGCUUGGAGCCUCUGGCCCCCUCUUCACCACGAUCGCUCUCACCUUUUGAUUCUAUUGGUCGUCAGCCGCAAAGCAAUCCCAGUUCCCGAGAUCCAUCGCCCUCACGAUCCCGACGUUUGUCGACAUCCUCCAUUGACAGCCGCAACUACAUCCUUGGCCUUGCAGACCCCCAGCGACCGGGCGCCAGCCCCAAUGACUCGAAGCGGGUUCAGAAGCAUCCCGCGACGUUUCAGUGUCAUCUCUGUCCAAAACGCUUUACCCGAGCCUACAAUUUACGAUCCCACCUGCGCACUCACACGGACGAACGACCAUUUGUUUGUACCGUCUGUGGAAAGGCUUUUGCCCGUCAGCAUGACCGCAAGCGGCACGAAGGAUUGCACUCCGGAGAGAAAAAGUUUGUCUGUCGUGGGGAUCUUUCCCGUGGGGGGCAGUGGGGAUGUGGCCGCCGGUUUGCUCGAGCUGAUGCACUGGGCCGUCAUUUCAGAUCGGAAGCCGGUCGCAUAUGUAUCAAACCAUUACUCGAUGAAGAGUCGCAAGAGCGGUCGAUGAUGGACCGACAACAGCAGUCGCACUUGCAGCCAGUUCCCCCCCCACUCAUGGUAUCCGGGAUGGAUGGGCAGCAGGCGGGUGGCUUCGUUCUUCCUGCUGCGUUGCUGGCGCAAUAUCCCGCCCUGCAAACGCUCCAGUGGGAUCAAAUCGCAGCUUCGACGGAUGAUCCGAGUGAUAUUGGCGGCCGUAGCAGUUUUGACGCCAGCUCCGGUGGCGAGUUCGGGUUUGAAGACGACGAGUCCGCCAUGAGUAGUGUCUCCGGCAUGAGUGGAGGAUACAGUCCUCAGGACAAUUUGUAUGGAGUCAACAAUCAGGGCCAGAUGCUAGGGGCCAAUCCGGGAGACAGCUAUGGCAACCCAGAAUGGAGGGAAUGA